AUGGGUGACUUCAGUGUGCCACCCGAACUGUGCGCCUUAUUCAGCACCUUGGCGUUGUUUGUAGGAGCAGAGCGCAGUGUAAAGGCAGAGUACGGUCCCCGCUGCAGAGCACCGGAGAUCAUACUGGGAUUGCCGUUUUGUGAAGCCAUAGACAUGUGGUCCUUAGGGUGUGUGAUUGCAGAGCUGUUUCUUGGAUGGCCGCUGUACCCAGGAGCACUGGAAUAUGACCAGAUUCGUUACAUUUCGCAGACUCAAGGUUUACCAGGAGAGCAGUUGUUAAGCAUGGGAACGAAAACUGCAAGAUUUUUCUGUAGAGAAACGGAUGCACCAUAUUCUAGUUGGAGAUUAAAGACAUUGGAAGAGCAUGAGGCAGAGACAGGUAUGAAAUCUAAAGAAGCCAGAAAGUAUAUUUUCAACAGUUUGGAUGAUAUAGUGCAUGUGAACAUGGUGAUGGAUUUGGAAGGAAGUGACCUGUUGGCAGAGAAGGCAGAUAGGAGGGAAUUUGUCAGUCUGUUGAAGAAAAUGUUGCUGAUCGACGCUGAUUUAAGAAUCACUCCAGCUGAGACCCUGAACCAUUCUUUUGUCACCAUGAAGCACCUCCUUGAUUUUCCUCAUAGCAACCAAGUGAAGUCCUGUUUUCAUAUCAUGGAUGUUUGCAAAUGCAGAUCAAAUUUGUAUGACUUAAGUAAUCGCAAUAAAACAUCACUUAUGAGACCAGUUGCCUCAGGCAGUGCAGCUAAUCUGACUGCGAGCUUUACCAAAAUUGGUCCAGUAAGAAGUCAGGCAUUAACUGCAUCGGCCCAUUCCGUUUUGCACCAAGGGAUACCGCUGCAGGCAGGAACCGCGCAGUUUGGUUGCAGUGAUGUUUUCCAACAGGCAUUGAUUAUAUGUCCUCCAACUAUUCAAGGAAUUCCUACAAACCAUAGUAAACCCACCAGUUUCUCCCUGAGGGUGGAUAAUGCAGUUCCAUUGGUGACCCAAGCCCACGCAAUUCAGCCGCUACAGAUUCGAGCAGGAAUCCUUUCUCAGACAUGGUCGAAUCAGACCCAGCAAUUACUGGUUCCUGCGUGGCAGCAAGUAGCACCUGUGGCAGCUCCUGCUACAUCUCUGGCCUCUGAUCCUGUGGCUGGCCCACAGAGGCUUGGAGACUGGGGGAAGAUGAUUACCCAGGGCACCCAUUACAAUUCAAUGAUACCGCAGCCUCUUUUAACACAUCAGAUAACCUUGUCUGCCCCUCAGCCGAUUAGUGUGGGCAUUGCACAUGUUGUCUGGCCUCAGCCUGCAGCUACCAAGAGGAACAAACUGUGUCGGAACAGGAGCAAUGUGUUACAAAAUACCAAUAUCCCAAAUUCAGCUUUUAUAUCUCCAAAGAUACUUAACCUGAAGGCUGUAAAGAGAAUAAGUUGUAUAGAAGCACAGGACAAUCAUAACUCAGAAGGACAGGAAAGUAACUGUUGUGAAGCAUCCGUCAGGCUGGACCCUGAUUCAUCUCUUUCAACCAAACAGCGCCAGGCUAUCUUCAUUGCCGGUUCCCCCAGCCCAGCAGUCAGCGUGAUCACCAUCAGCAGUGACACAGAUGAAGAUGACAUAGGACGCACACAUUCACUGAGAGAGUGUAAAGGUAGCCUUGACUGUGAAGCCUGCCAGAACACCCUGAACAUUGACCGCGUAUGUUCUCUCAGCAGUCCUGAUAGCACUCUGAGUACUAGCUCCUCGGGACAGUCUAGUCCAUCUCCUUGCAAGAGAUCUAACAGUAUGUCAGAUGACGAACAGGAGAGUGGAUGUGAUACAGUGGAUGGUUCCCCAACUUCAGACUCUUCAGGACACGACAGCCCAUUUGUGGAAAAUGGCUUUGUAGCUAAUACCAAUAAAAAUAAGGAAGCAAGAGCAUCGGUUAGUCCUGAAACCAAAUCAGCUGUUUGCACGGUAGUGGUACCACCAAUGAGACUUGAAAACAGGUUACAUCUCGAUGAACAGAUGGUUAAUACAGAUGCCACGUGCCAGCCACUGAAAAAGGGUCGAUCUGUCCUGGGAAGAAUAAACCAAUCUUCUGUUGCAGGAAACCGUCAGCAAAAACUGACAUCAGCAUUCCAUCAGCAACAUAUAAACUUCAGUCAGGUUCAGCACUUUGGAUCUGGGCCGCAGGAAUGGAACGGGAACUAUGGUCAUCGGAGGCAGCAGGCUUACAUCCCAGCCAGUGUUGCCGGUCACGCUUUCUCCCUUCCUCAAGGAAGCCCAAAUCACACUACCGUGCACGCGCAUCUCUCUGGAAGUACCCACCUUGGAGGACAGCCUGCUAUUCUUUCGUACCCGUCGUCAGCACCCCUUAGUACUGCUGCACCUGUUGCCCACCUCCUUGCCUCGCCAUGUACCUCAAGACCUUUGUUGCAACAUCCAACGUACAAUAUAUCUCAUCCCGGUGGUAUAGUACACCAGGUUCCGGUUGGCAUAAACCCCCGUCUCUUACCUUCCCCAACCAUUCAUCAGACUCAAUACAAACCAAUUUUCCCACCGCAUUCGUACAUUGCAGCAUCACCUGCUUACACAGGAUUUCCAUUGAGUCCAACAAAACUCAGCCAGUAUCCGUUUAUGUGAGAACUCAAAUGCAGUAUAUUGAGGAAGAUCAAUGAUACAGAAGUUUGAUUUAAGAAGAAACAUGGUAUUUAUUAAAUAUUAGCCAUGGCACAACAGGAAAAUUAUUUUUUUGAAUCAUGUAGACUUGGGUGCAAUUUAAACAACUCCGAGCUUUAAAAAAACUCACUUUUAAUGUGUUUUGCACAUUUGGUAUAACUUGUCUUUGGUCAUGUUAUCUUCUUAUAUAGUAACUUUAGACAGGUGACUUAUGGGAGCAGAAAAUCUGGUUUUGCUCCUACUAUUUUUUAUAAAAUUGCCUUCUAACUAGUGCAAGACACGUCUACAUUUGGGAAGCCAUUCAGUGUACAGAACUAAAGCAGCAGAUGCACAUAUGUCAGCAGUACAGUGUAGAAGUAACUUGUUUGUAUUGCGUGUCUUGGUGUUUAAAUGUUGGGUCACUUAUCUAAAAGUUGAGCUGUUGUUCUUCACAUUGCAUGUGUCUUUUGCAUGGGCAAAAAAAAAAAAAAAGCCUAAACAUUGCUCUUAAAUGUUGUUGUCCUAAUAAUCUCAGCUGCAUUGUAAACUGUUCCCACACAUAGUGCCUUAAAUAUUUGAGGUUGUUAAUGUUACUACUUAUAUAUAAAUGUUGAGGACUGCAGCACUUAAAAAUUCAGAUCUGCUGAUUUUUUGAUAGUGUAAUGCUCAUUUUGGGUUUUGUGUGGUAUGAUUUUAGUAUUGGGUGUGUUUUCCUUAUCGAGAAGGCAGCAUGUUUUGCUGUAGCUGAAUUCUGCUGUCUUUUUUUUUUUUUUUCCCCAGAAUGAUCUAGCUUCAAGACAAAACUUUAAUAGUGCUUAAGAAGUUGAUUCAGUAGCUAUUGAGUAGUGACACACAACACAGUAUUUCAUACUGGUAAAUGGAACUGCAAUACAACCUAAGUAGUUUAUUUUACAAGUGUUUGUCUAAUUGGAUAUAAUAAAAUGUUUAGAGGUGCAGUAGGCAUGACUGACUAGCUAAUGAAAGAAAAAACCAAGUGCUCAUUGAUCCAUGAUGUGGUUUCAUCUUAGCUUGAGCAAACCAUGCAGUAUUUAAUAACUAGUAGCAGAAUAUUUACUAUUGAAGCUUGAAAAGAUGUGAGUUCUUUGUGUGCAAUCUUUCAUUUAUGCAUGGGAGAGAUUUUAGUCUUUUUACAUUAUAGUAUUUGUUUUAGCCUGUUGCGGGUGUUUGCUUAUUUAAUACAUUCCGUCAGGGACGUAAAUUACAUGCUUUUUGCAUAUUUUUUUUUCCUUAGGAAGUGUGUCUUUUUCGUUUUUGUUUUUUUUUUUUGUUUUGUUUUGUUCAAAUGAAGUUGCUUUUGCGGCACCAAAGACUUAAUCAUCCAUUUCCUAUAAAAGGUAGCUACUUUUUCAUAGACCUCAAGUAUACUGUAGUGUAGAGAUGGGAUUUUCAGAAGGUAUUAAGCUGAGGCUGUGUUUUAGCUUAUGGGCAAGUAAUAAAUUGUAUCAUUUAUCUUGAAUGUAUCAUAGAUAAGCUGCUAUAUAAUGAUUGCCACUUCAGAUAGCUGUGAAAUUAGGUGAUUAACUAGUUCUUUCUUAGCCUUCUAAUUUCUGUACAAGUCUAAUUACAUGAAAUAGAAGCCGGGUUUUGGGUUUGUUUUUUUUUUUAUUAUUAUUUUAUUUUGUUUUCAUGUUUGAAGUGUCGUAACUGCUAUACUGUAAAUGAUGGAAGAUGAUUGCAUAUGUUUCUUUGGGGUGUGUUAUUUGCAUCAGUAUUUUAUCUCCAUUAACUUUGAGCUCAUCACUGCAUAUAAGUGGAUGUAUUGAUGUAACUUAAUUUUUUUAUGUUUUCAUAUUGGCAUUGUGUAGACACUUAAGAAGCUGCAUCUUGCAGGCUUGACUUAACUUUUUUUUAAAGCAAAAUCUGGAAUACAAUCCUUGCAAUGUUGACUGGAAUAAGAGUGCAAAGUUUUUGAGUUUUAACUCUGUCAAUAAGCUAAUAACUGGUAAUCUUUUUCUUUACUCCACUAACACAAGCAGUGUUUUAUUUAAUGAAUGUCUGAAUGAAAUAAAUGUGCCUACAUUUGAUUUAUUUUUAAGUAAUAACUAAAAUACAACAGUAUUAGAUCAUAAAAAAAAUAAGAAAAAUACCAGCAGUACAGUUUUAAUCACACUGAAAAUUAAGAAACCUAACUUUUCCCAAAAGUUUCAGUGUUUUUAGUAAUCAACUCUAUGCAUUUUGUACAAGUGUGUGUAUAUAAAGUAUACAUUAGAAACUAGGGAGUAUCCUGAUGAAUUUGAAAUCUUAUCAACACAUAUAUAAAGCCUAAAUAUAAGGAGUCAAGAAAAUGCUCAAAUUGGAUAUCCACCUUGCCACUUCAAACUUGUGCUAUAUGGUCCAGCGGAUAGUUUUCUGUUCACUCCCUUGUGUUGGGAAGCAAUGUUUUUUUUGGUGCUUACUCCAUUGCAGGCAAUGGACACACCAAGAAUCACCAAUGCAAACGGAGUAAAUGAAUUUUGUAUCGUGAUAACAAAAAAAUACUGCAUUUUUUUCCUGGGGCCAUGGGGAUCUUCAUUGGUCUAAUGUAUUUACUGUACUUUCUUUUUACUGUGCUUAAGGUUUUAAGCUAACGUGCUUGUUAAAUUGACACAAUUAUCUGUAUAUCACAACGGUAUCCUAUUGUAUGCAGGAAAAGUUGCUGUAAAUGCGCCCCAAAUUAGAUCUGCUGCUCUUUCUAUGUGUUGUAAUUCUAGAAAUGUUUGCAUUUCAAAGAACAAAAUAUUUGGGAACCUGCCACAGCUUAAAUUCAAUAUACCGGGUGACUUUUCCCCCAUCCUGCAAUACACUCUGAGAGAACGGACUCUUGUCACUGCAAGUGUCCGGGACCCAUCUGCAGAAAAAACAGCUUUCAGGGCGAGGGCCUUUUCUGUGAAAAAAGUCCUCCUCUGAGAAGCGUUUAUACAUGUUACCGUUUUAAUGCCUUUUUUAAAUAAAACACUGCAUGACUACAGAAUUGCAUAUCUGCAUAUUACUUUAAUUUGCAAGAUUUUAUAUGAAUUUCUUGUGUUCAGUUUUUAACUUCAGGGUGUUUUAUUGGUCAAAUAUGCUACUGUAUUAACUUUUUUUGGUUUUAAUUUUUAAAUUUUCUGGUUUUACUGCUAAUUAGCUUGGUUUGUGUUAAGUAAAAGUUAAAUCACACUGCAAGCUGUAGGAAGACUUGUUCUAGAAAUACCCAGUGAUAGAGACUUGAUUAAUAAGUUUGAACUGUUACUGUUUAACAAUUUGUAGACUUGUGGCUUUUUUUU